UAGCACGGAGUGGUGGCCAUAGACAAUUUUCGGUCGGAAACGGAACCAGUCGCCCUCUGACGGCUCUGGGUUGACAGCGGGUUGCAGACACCGCUGCUAAAAUCCUCAGUUUGCGCUCUAUGGAUAGAACGGACAUUCUAUGAUCGCACUUCGAGUGAAGCGCUUCGUCCAAUAUGCAUUCACGUCUCACCGCGAUACCUGGCAUAGCUGGGUGAAGCCAAGCGAUGCAAGGUGCAUUGACCAAGAGUGUGCUCUGAUCGCGGCGCCCUUGGCGGCAUUCCCGCUUUUGCGCCCGUGCCAGCGAAGACGACACAUUUUUGGAGCCGCCGGCGUAAUCCAAGCGGAAACUUGGUGCUUGUGGUGGUGGCGAAAUCAUCCAAGUGGUGCUGUGUGCACCCGCGGUGGUGAUGUGUGCAAAGGAGCAGUGAUGCGUCCGAUUGAAGUGGUGGUGGUGGUGAUAAGAAGGCGAUAGGUGACUCCACGUUGCUCUUCCAAGACGAGGUGCCCUCUUGGAAGUGAUGGGGGGCUGCUGCUGUCACCGGGCUGAGCUUGGGCGUCGGGGCCGGCUGCUGCUCAUGUUCGGCAUGACGACGGCAUUCUUUCUUGUCGAGAUCAUCGUCGGCUACGUCACCAACUCCAUGGCCCUAGUGGCAGACUCCUUCCACAUGCUCUCUGACGUCAUCUCACUUGUCAUCGCUUUUCUCUCCAUCAAGAUGUCUCCCAAGAAAUGGUCGAAGAACACAUUUGGCUGGGCCCGUGCUGAAGUUCUCGGGGCGUUGGUGAACGCUGUUUUCCUUGUGGCCCUGUGCUUCUCUAUUCUUGUGGAGAGCCUCAAGCGCUUCUACAAGCCUGAGGUCAUUGAUGAGCCAAAGCUCAUCCUUUAUGUCGGUGUUGCUGGCCUCAUCGUCAACAUGAUUGGCUUGUGCCUAUUUCGUGAGCAUGGCCACAGCCACAGCCGAGGCCACCACCACAGCCUGCCCACAGUGGAGGAGGUGGUGCUACAAGGCCUAGAGGAAGACAUCAACGACAACCGAUUCCGCAUCGGGGCUGACGCUGCGGGCCAGGACACAGUGCCAUCGUCGACGGGUGGCCAGCUCAACAUUCGCGGAGUAUACCUCCACAUCCUGGCCGAUGCCCUUGGCUCGGUGGUGGUCAUAAUCAGCUCGCUCGUCAUCUGGCUCACUACCUGGGAGCAACGCUACUACGUGGAUCCUGCCCUCAGCCUCGUCAUGGUGUGCCUCAUCAUGAAGUCUACAUCUCCUUUGUUGGUGGACUCUGCGCUGAUCCUGCUGCAGACUGUGCCCACACACAUUCAAAUCGAUUCGCUCCAAAAGAAGCUCCUGCAGGAGGUGGAAGGCGUGCUGGCCGUGCACGAGUUCCACGUGUGGCAGCUGGCCGGCGAACGCAUCAUUGCCUCGGCCCACAUUCGCUGCAAGAACCUGCAAGACUACAUGCAGAUCGCCGAGCGCGUCAAGGAGUUCUUCCACAACGAAGGCAUCCACUCCACCACCAUCCAGCCUGAGUUUGUCCAGCUCGAGGGCCAGCAGGUACCGAGUGACGACAAGGACUGUGUCUUGGACUGUCCCAGCCGUACCAACUGUGUGGCCCAGACCUGCUGUGGACCUCGAGGCAAGGAGGGCGUGAACACGCCUGAUACACCGGCGGCGCCUACUGAAGGAACUGUGUUGCGUCAACGGCCUGCAGCUGAACUCAGUGCUCCUGCUUGAAGGCUCUUGAAAAUUGUCUGUGCAGGACUUAAGUGCUCAUUUUGACAAAUGGGCCACACAUGGAGCGACUCUUCCUGCCAACCCAAGCACAGGCCAUCAGAUGCGAGAAAGGCUGCUGAUUCUGUGCGUUGGUUUUUGCUAUGCAAGACUGGUUGCAAGCCAGAGUGGCACCACAGAGUACAGAUGGCCAAGCCUUCAACUGUGAUGAGUAGUGCAACUUUUAUGAAAAGGUUGUGAACAAGGAACGAUGCCUGCCACCAAAGAGUGUGUGUCAGUCUGAAGGCACAAAAUAAAACGGAAGCCAUGCUGCUUGCUGUGUCGGCACUUUUCUGCAAGUGCCACA